AUGGUCUCCACGCGACACCAUCCCCGCGAUUUCCCCUCGCCUGAGAAAGCCGCAAAGGAGCUGGCGAGGUCGUCGCCUGCGCCCACCACCAACGGCACUGCGCGCAAAUGGGUCCAUACCCCGAGUGCCGCGCUGACCAUCUGGCUCAUGGCCUCGGUUCCCUUGGUCAUAUGGGAUGCAAGCUAUGUGUUGUUGCGACCGCAUAGUAUGCCAGGUGGCCGACUGCACUCGCCCAUCUGGACCCCCUAUGCGCUGUAUGGAACAGUCGACUACAUUUAUGGCUGGCCCGCCUUCAACGCGCGCAAUGGAUUCACCGCCGCGCAGACCGUCAUGAAUGUGGUUGAGACCCUGGCUUACAUCUACUACCUGGCCACUGUAUACCGGUACGGCGCGACAGUGACCACCGGCCGCGGCGCACAGAAGCUCAAGAAGGGCUUCAUGUGGCUGCUGACGGGAAACAAGGUCGUCGCGGGCCGCACUGGCGCCGUCGCACUGCUCGUCGCGUUCACCGCCUCUGUGAUGACUCUCAGCAAGACCGUCCUUUACUGGCUGAACGAAGUUUUCUCAGGGUUUGAUAACGUCGGACACAAUGACGCCGCCACCCUUAUCUUCUUGUGGAUCAUUCCCAAUGGCCUUUGGAUUGUUUUCCCAAGUUAUAAUGUCUAUAUCCUGGGCGACGAAAUCCUCAACUCCUUGGAGCAGACCUCGCCGCGCCUGGACGCUCUUGCCAAGCCGCCAUUCGCCGCUGAACCUUUCCCCAUAUUCCUUCAUUCUCCUCACUUCUUCCUCGACCCCAAAUUAUCCCGCCGCAACCGCCCUGCUUCCCAACGUCUGGAGCCAUUUGGAUCCCCUGAAAUUUCUUCCUUUCCUCCCGACAGGAAGUUCCGAUUCAAACCCGCCCCGGUCACUCCGAACGAUGCUUGGGGCCUCGGUCCUGGGGUACCCGCACCCGUCAUGAUCCCUCCCGACUCCGACGAUUCACCCUUGAAGACUUCUGGUGCUAGCUUUAGUUUAGGCCAGGAGGAUUCGACAGCGCUACUAGACGAUUUUGAGACCCAGAGUCAUGCAAGUUCCCGCGACCCCGGGAGCACACAAACCGCCGACCCCGCGACGGGAGCCGACAACGGCGCCCUAGACAACCAGCGCGAUGAUGCCGCGCAAGAUGAUGCCGCUGGAGCCCCCAGCACGGGCCCACUCGACAAGGACGGCAAACCGGCCUGGAGUGAAAUGAAAACCAAGGCCGGGAAGGAGAGGAAGCGACUCCCGCUGGCCUGCAUCGCCUGUCGUCGGAAGAAGAUCCGGUGCUCGGGCGAGAAGCCUGCCUGCAAGCACUGCACUCGCUCGCGAAUCCCCUGCGUAUAUAAAGUCACUACGAGGAAAGCCGCACCGCGGACAGAUUACAUGGCCAUGCUGGACAAGCGACUGAAGCGUAUGGAAGAUCGCGUAAUCAAGACCAUCCCCAAGGACGAGACCAGGGAUAUGGCCUCGAUUGGACGAUCGGUCGUGAAGCCCGCGGCGCCAGGGCAACCCUCGAAAACUCAGAAAAAGCGUAGUGCCGACGAAGCGUUUGCGACAGAAAUGGAAAAUUGGACGCGACAAGAGCGUCGCCCACCACACGAGACUCUCCCCAUGAAUCGCGAUUUUAAGUCAACGGAUGGCACCGGCCUCCUGACCGAGGGCGCAGAGUUCUUGCCCUCUCUCGAAAUCCAAGAGCAUCUGGCAGAGGUCUUCUUUGACUGCGUUUAUGGGCAGUCUUAUCUCCUCUUACAUAAACCGAGCUUUAUGCGACGGCUGAAGGCAGGCACAGUUCCCCCGGUCCUCAUUCUUGCUGUGUGCGCGGCCUCUGCUCGAUUUUCUACCCAUCCGCAGCUCAACUCCGAACCCCCCUUUCUGCGCGGAGAGAACUGGGCCAACCCAGCGGCGGCUAUUGCUCUCAGUCGACACGAUGAGCCAAAUAUUACCAUUUUAACCGUAUUUCUACUUCUUGGACUGCAUGAGUUUGGAACAUGCCAUGGUGGGCGAAGUUGGUCGUUUGGUGGCCAGGCUUUGAGAAUGGCGUAUGCUCUUCAGCUUCAUCAAGAACUAGAGAGCGAUCAAUUGCUCAGCCAACAACAGAAUAACGGAUCCAAUUCCCAAAUGAGCUUCACAGAUCGCGAAAUCCGGCGGCGAACCAUGUGGGCAUGUUUCCUGAUGGAUCGGUAUAACUCCUCCGGCAGUCAACGGCCACCAAUUGGAAAUGAGAAAUUCCUCCAGAUUCAACUCCCCAUCAAGGAGACUCAUUUCCAAAUGGAAAUCCCUGGUCCCACCGAAGAUCUGGAUGGAGAUGUCCCGAACCCAUCACCUGAGGAUUCUGGACAACUAUCCAAUGCCAAGGAGAACAUGGGCGUGUCUGCCUAUAUCAUCCGUGCUAUUGUCAUCUGGGGUCGCAUUGUCGAUUAUCUGAACCUGGGUGGAAAGAGGAAAGACUCCUCGCCGCUUUGGCAUCCAGAGUCUGGGUACAUGCGACUGAAGCGCCAGAUCGAAGAAUUCUCUGGUUCUCUUCCCAGCAAUCUCACAUUCACAUACGAGAAUCUCCAAAUUCACGCAGCAGAGAAGAUCGCGAACCAGUUUUUGUUUCUCCACAUCAUUAUACACCAGAACAUGCUAUUCCUGAACCAGUUCGCCAUCCCCUUGUCUCCUGGAGGCCGGCCUCCCCGUGAUAUGCCCAAGCCGUUCCUCAGCAACGCUGGUCGGGCAGCAGUAGAGGCCGCCCACCACAUUUCAGUACUUUUUGACCGCGCAUCUGCCUAUCCUCUGACCGUUCCUUUCGCGGGUUAUUGUGCGUACACCGCGAGUACCGUACAUAUCUGGGGUAUUUUCUCCAAGAAUGUGCAACUUGAGGCACGGUCAAAGGAAAACUUGCGGCACACCUACCGCUACCUCAAUAAAAUGAAGAAGUACUGGGGCAUGUUCCACUAUAUGGUGGAAAGUGCCAAAGACCGAUAUCGACAAUUUGCUGAUGCAGCUAUCAAGGGCUCUGUAGCCACCCAGAAUGGCACCAGCUUGGCGCCUAUGUUCCAAUACGGCGAUUGGUUUGACAAGUACCCCCACGGCGUGUCAAGAGUACACUGGGAGGAUCCUGACACUCGCCACAAAGAGACAGGAGAGGAUGCUGUGAUGGGUCAAAAACCCGAUCUUCAGAGUGUGGAAGAUUUCUUCGCCAGUUUAUCGCCAACACCCCAGCCUGCUCUGCCUCGCAAGUCUCGCUCUCGAAAGAACAGCAAAUUAUCUGACGGAACUCCAAGUAUGGACCAAUCCCCGACGUCUAUGGAUGUUGCCAUGGGAAAUACCCCUGGUGUUCCAGGAAGUGCAUUCCCUCAGCCAUCACUAUAUUCUCAGAACCGACCUAUGCCAUUUGGCCAGUCCCCGUUCGACUUCAGCAUCCCUCCAGAUCAGCUGCCCCAGUUGGAUCGGCAAUUUGUAUAUGGUUCAUUUUCUGAUUUUGAUCCCACCUCCUUCGUCCCAACGAGCAAUUCCCCAAUGCCACCACCACCGCCGCCACCUGUCAAUGGCGUUGACACUCGGGGUGCAGAUCAGUCUCUUUUUACUGGUCACCUUGAUCCAAGCGCGCCCGCUGGAACAGGCGAGUUCUACCAGCCCAGCGCAUGGUUCCUGCCCUUCAACCUUGACCCUGUCGGCAGCGCCAAUCCUCCACUGGCACCAGGCUCAAAUGCCCAGCCUGUUGGCGGGGGUCCAACCUCGGCCCCAGUCCCUGGUGGCAAUAUGCCAGCCCUACCUGGUGGAGGUAUGUCAUUAAGUGCUUAUGACCUGGGCCUAGGCGGGCCAGAUAUGGGACCAGCCACGUAA